GUAUCUGGCAAGUCGCAGUCGCCGUUUCGCACGGAACGCCGCCGCCCGCGUUCCAAUUUCAAAUUCAAACUUACAAUCGCGUUUGAAUAACGAAUCCACAGACAUUCCCCGAGAAAGUGACCUGUGACAAGGUUCCAAAAAUCGGUGUUGCCAUAAAAUUAAAUAAGGAUUUUCGGUGGUUAUUUUACUUGCUUUCUGCCUUUCGAUAAUUUACCCGAAGGAUCGCCUGUGAUAAUAUCGACCAUAAACACUCCGCGGAUAAUAUUGAUCAAAUUCUUCCUUGAACCUCUUUACUGCCUAGAUAACCUCUGAGACUUGACACUAAUGUCAUAACUGUCAGUAGUGUCAGACCGCAAUAUUUAGAUUAUAGUGGUGAUUUUGUUAAACAAAAUCGAACAGUGAUUGAAAACUAUGAGGAUAGUAUUUUUAACGAGAACAAUUUAAACUUUUCUGUCUGUGAUUAUAGUAAUGGCAUCUUUUAAGUCGUGUGUCAGUUUGUGGACAGUGUGCGUUGGUGUGUGCUUGUUUGGGACUAUCUCUGGAUUGGACAAUGGGUUGGCCUUGACCCCACCAAUGGGCUGGCUGGCCUGGGAAAGGUUUCGGUGCAACACGGACUGCAAAAAUGAUCCUGAUAACUGUAUCAGUGACCGUCUGUUCCGGACGAUGACGGAUAUUCUGGUUGCCGAGGGGUACGCGGCGGCGGGGUACGAGUACAUCAACGUGGACGACUGCUGGCCGGAACGGGAACGGGACCCGCGCGGGAAACUGGUGCCGGACAGGGAACGCUUCCCGUACGGCAUGAAGAGCUUGGCCGAUUACGUACACAGCAAAGGCCUUAAGUUUGGCAUUUACGAAGACUACGGAAAUUUCACGUGCGCAGGAUACCCGGGCGUCGUCGGCCAUCUAGCUGGUGACGCCGCGACGUUCGCCUCAUGGGGAGUUGACUACGUGAAGCUGGACGGGUGCUAUGCCCUGCCCGUGGACAUGGACCAUGGCUACCCUGACUUCGGAAGGCAUCUGAACAGUACGGGACGACAAAUGGUCUACUCUUGCAGUUGGCCCGUUUAUCAGAUUUACGCUGGAAUACAACCGAAUUUCACAUCAAUAAUCGAGCACUGCAACCUGUGGCGCAACUUUGACGACAUCCAGGACUCGUGGGCGUCCGUCGAGUCUAUCAUAGACUACUACGGAAACCACCAGGACGUGAUCGUGCCCAACGCUGGACCAGGCCAUUGGAAUGAUCCUGACAUGUUGAUCAUCGGCAACUUUGGGCUGUCAUACGAACAAAGCAAGACCCAGUUCGCGAUAUGGGCUAUCCUGGCGGCGCCUCUGCUCAUGAGCGUGGACUUGCGGACGAUCAGACCUGAAUACAAGGCGAUACUGCAGAACAGGAAGAUCAUCGAAGUCGACCAGGAUCCGCUCGGCAUCCAGGGAAGGAGGAUAUACAAGCAUCGAGGAAUCGAGAUCUGGUCCCGUCCGAUUGUGCCAAUCCAGGGGCAGUACUACUCGUACGCAGUAGCGUUCGUCAACAGACGGACCGAUGGUACGCCCUCCGACGUGGCCGUCACCCUGCGCGAACUCGGCCUCAACAACCCAGCAGGAUACAGAGUGGAGGACCUGUAUGAAGAUGUGGAUUACGGCGUGCUGUCGCCACAGACAAAGAUCAAAGUGAAAGUCAACCCCUCAGGUAGUGUGGUGAUCCUGCGCGCGGACGCGCAGCCCGCGUUCGCGUACAACGCGAUCCCGACGCGGACGCCGUACGCGCCGCUCAACGAUGUGUUCCGGCUCUCCAGAAAGUAGCGGCGUCUGCACUCACUCCCCACAACUUAACACAUGACAAUGUAGUGUCCGGCUGAAGUGCGGCUACGGCUUCGGCAAAAGUGUCACUUUCGGCUCGAAAUAACUCUAAGUCUUUGUCUGUUCGUCGACAGAAAACGCAGAACAACGCAGAAAUUGUAUGUUUCAUGUUGCACGUCAUUGUCAAAACCUAUAAAAAACAACGCAGCUACAACGUACUGCGUUGUCCCAACGGAGCGCGACUGAGCAAUGUGGCAUGGCUCUAAUGCCAGCUACACACUAUCGCCGAACUCAGACAGACGCCGACGUGAAUGCAUGAAACUGAGUGUAAUUCGUAAUCUUUUAUUUACCGCAAUGAAAAACCAGCAAUGUAUGCCGAAUCAGCCAAAGUUUGACUGUUGGGGCAUAGUACAUGCAUAGCUGACAUAAGGGCUAGGUCCUAUUGCUACGUUGCGUCGUGCAGCUCCGUUGUGCUCUGUUUACCAUAGGUUUUGACACUGACAUGCAUUAACGUACGUUGAAUCUCCAUACGAUUUCUGCGUUGUUGUCGACGGACGUCGAAAUAACGAAGCUCAACUGAACAAUGGGGCCGCGCUCUUUCUUUAGCUAUAGCGACGGCCACCAAAUGCUUUCGAGCAAACGGCUCGGGAAGGUAGAACAUACGCUUCUUCUUGUCUACCAAAUCCCAUUUUACAUGGGCAUUUAAUGUCUUUUUUUUCAAAAUUGCCUAUUUGUCAAGAUUGAAUGUGAAUGAACUAGGAGAAAUAGACGAGCGCAGACUGCUUGUGUCGAUAGCAGAUUAAUCGGAAGAAGAAAAGAAGCAGAAAGAUCGCCCUUCGGUCGGACACCUUGAAAUGCAUACUCUUCGACGGGGGCUUCGAAUUUUGAAAGUCAUUCUCAUUAGAAUUUACGAGUACAAUAAAAACAAAAUUCACUUUUAUUUUAUUGGUGUAAAAUAUAGUUACCAAGCGAUGUGUUUUCUCAGUCUUGCCUUAGGAUACAUUUAAUUUAUAUUUCGUCGUCUAUAUGUAGUGUGAUGAACAGAUUUUAUUUCAAUGUGAACAAAAUGCGUGGAGAAUUAAUUUUGCCAUUACAUUGUACCUAGGAUAAGGAUGUACAUUUUAGGUGCCUGUAAAAGUUAAUUAUGUAAGUUUUGUAGAAAACCUAAUAAAUAAUAAUACAUAA